UGGCGGCGUGCGUUUGACCGGAGGCUCGUUGGCGCGGCGAGUGGGGCGGAGGCUCCCCUCUCCGAGGUAACGCCGGGGCGGCCGGCGGCGCCAGGGUUUCCCCGAUACUCUGAGAAGUCCACUGCGGCAGGGGAACGUACGCAGGCAUUACGUUUUUUGGAAGGUAUGGAUGUAAAUUCCUGUGAUCCAACCCAAGGAAACAUGAGAAAGCAGGAAGUGAGCCUUCAGCUAUUCCAGGUUUAUUGCUCAGCGGGAGAGCACCUUUUGCUGGGUCCAGCAUAUGGCCAACGGAAGCUAUGUCAGUAUCUGCAAAGUCAGCAAAUUCUGAAGGAAACUGGAUUAGGAAGCCGUUGUAUGGAUUAUUUCAAUACAAUUCCAGUAUGAUCGGACUAGAAUCAUUAGCUGAUCCCACAGACACCUGGGAAAUUAUAGAGACUAUUGGAAAAGGCACUUAUGGUAAAGUCUAUAAGGUUGCCAAUAAGAAAGAUGGGAGUCUGGCAGCAGUAAAGAUUCUUGAUCCUAUUAGUGAUGUAGAUGAAGAAAUUGAAGCAGAAUAUAAUAUUUUGCAGUUUCUUCCCAAUCAUCCUAAUGUUGUUAGAUUUUAUGGGAUGUUCUACAAAGCAGAUCAAUAUGUGGGAGGACAGCUCUGGCUAGUACUUGAGCUGUGCAAUGGAGGGUCUGUCACAGAACUUGUCAAAGGUUUGCUGAAUUGUGGCCAACAAUUGGAUGAAGCUAUGAUAUCAUACAUCUUAUACGGUGCUCUCUUGGGCCUUCAGCAUUUACACAAUAACCGGAUCAUUCAUCGAGAUGUCAAAGGGAACAACAUUCUUCUGACAACAGAAGGUGGAGUCAAGCUCGUUGACUUUGGUGUUUCAGCCCAGCUCACCAGCACACGGCUACGUAGAAACACCUCAGUGGGAACACCCUUUUGGAUGGCUCCUGAGGUCAUUGCUUGUGAACAGCAAUAUGACUACUCAUAUGAUGCUCGAUGUGACGUAUGGUCUUUGGGAAUAACAGCUAUUGAACUCGGAGAUGGAGACCCUCCUUUAUUUGACAUGCAUCCUGUGAAAACUCUUUUUAAAAUUCCAAGAAACCCUCCUCCUACUUUGCUGCAUCCUGAAAAAUGGUGCAGAGGAUUCAACCAUUUCAUUUCACAGUGUCUUAUCAAGGAUUUCGAGAAACGUCCUACAGUUACCCACCUUUUGGAGCAUCCCUUUAUUAAACAAGUGCAUGGUAAAGAUAUGUCUCUGCAAAAACAGUUGGCUGAGCUUAUCCAAGAACAGCAGCGACUGGGCUCUGUAGCAAAAACAAGGCAUGAACGAAUACAUACCAGAAGACCCUACCAUGUGGAUGGAGCUGACAAGUACUCUCAAGAUGAUGAUCUGGUAAAUCUAGAAGUUCUUGAUGAGGAUACAAUUAUCCAUCAGCUGCAGAAACGUUAUGCUGACUUACAAAUUUAUACAUAUGUUGGAGAUAUUUUGAUAGCCUUAAACCCUUUCCAGAAUCUCAGCAUUUACUCUCCACAGUUCUCUAAGCUUUACCAUGGUAUGAAGCGCUCAUCCAAUCCCCCCCACAUAUUUGCCUCUGCAGAUGCUGCCUACCAAAGUAUGGUGACAUUCAGCAAAGAUCAGUGCAUUAUCAUCAGUGGGGAAAGUGGUGCUGGAAAGACAGAAAGUGCCCAUUUGAUCGUCCAACAUUUGACCUUCUUGGGAAAGGCCAAUAAUCGUGCUUUGCGUGAGAAAAUUCUUCAGGUGAAUCCUCUGGUUGAAGCAUUUGGGAAUGCCUGCACUGCCAUCAAUGACAACUCAAGUCGCUUCGGAAAAUAUCUGGAAAUGAUGUUCACACCCACAGGAGCUGUAAUGGGGGCAAAGAUUUCUGAGUAUCUACUUGAAAAGUCAAGGGUUAUAAAACAGGCUGUGGGAGAGAAAAAUUUCCAUAUAUUUUAUUAUAUUUAUGCCGGCCUUUAUCAUCAGAAGAAACUUUCUGAAUAUAGGCUUCCUGAAAAAAAGCCUCCCAGAUAUAUUGAUAAUGAAACUGGAAGAGUAAUGCACGAUAUUGUUACUAAGGAUUCCUAUGGAAGACAAUUUGAAGCAAUUCAGCAUUGCUUUAGAAGUAUAGGAUUCACUGAUGAGGAAGUGUAUUCAGUGUACAGAAUUCUGACUGGUAUCUUAAAUACUGGAAACAUUGAGUUUGCUGCCAUUUCUUCACAACACCAAACAGAUAAAAGUGAAGUUCCAAACCCAGAAGCCUUACAUAAUGCUGCUGCACUGCUAAGUAUUGGGUCAGAAGAACUGCAAGAGGCCCUAACCUCCCACUGUGUUGUAACACGGGGGGAGACUAUUAUCCGAACAAACACUGUGGACAAAGCAGCUGACGUGCGAGAUGCCAUGUCUAAAGCUCUUUAUGGCAGACUCUUCAGCUGGAUCGUAAAUCGCAUUAAUACGCUUCUUCAGCCAGAUAAAAAUAUAUGCAAUACUGAAAAUGGAAUGAAUGUUGGUAUACUAGAUAUAUUUGGAUUUGAGAACUUCGCAAGAAAUUCCUUUGAACAGCUGUGCAUAAAUAUUGCUAAUGAGCAGAUCCAGUUUUAUUUCAAUCAACAUAUUUUCGCACUUGAACAGAUGGAAUAUCAGAAUGAGGGAAUUGAUGCUGCUACAGUGGAGUAUGAAGACAAUCGUCCACUUCUAGAUAUGUUCCUCCAGAAACCCAUGGGUCUCCUUUCUCUACUAGAUGAAGAAAGUCGAUUUCCUCAGGCAACAGACCUAACAUUAGUUGAUAAAUUUGAAGAUAACUUGCGAUGCAAAUACUUCUGGAGACCAAAAGGAGUGGAAUUGUCAUUUGGUAUUCACCACUAUGCUGGAAAGGUAUUAUAUGAUGCCUCUGCAUUUCUUGAGAAGAAUAGAGACACUCUUCCUGCUGACAUAGUGGUGGUGCUAAGAACCUCAGAGAACAAACUUCUUCAGCAGCUGUUUUCUAGCCCGCUAACCAAAACAGACGGGGAAAAAGAGAAACGUUGGGGCUGGCUGAUUCCCCUACUGACACAAAUCAAUCCCAGAAACCUUUGUCUCUGGCACUGCAGACACACAGGUAACUUGGCACAGGCAAGAGCCAGAGUGACAGCAGCAUCUAGGUCUUUGCCUCCACAGCUUAGUGCUGGGCGUAUCAAGUCUCCUAAAUAUCUCCUGAAGGUUGACACAAUGGAAGUUAUGCGACACCCUGAGGAAACAACUAACAUGAAGCGACAAACUAUGGCUUCCUAUUUUAGGUAUUCCCUCAUGGAUCUUCUAUCCAAAAUGGUUGUUGGACAGCCUCACUUUAUCCGCUGCAUUAAACCUAAUGAUAAUCGAGAAGCACUAACAUUUUCUCAUGAGAGAGUUCUACUGCAGCUACGAUAUACUGGAAUUCUGGAAACUGUCAAAAUACGUCAAAAAGGAUAUUCUCAUCGCAUCCUUUUUGAAGAGUUUGUGAAAAGGUAUUACUACCUUGCUUUCAAGGCACAUGAGUCUCCCCUUGGCAGCAGAGAAAACUGUCUGACCAUUUUGGAGAAAGCUAAACUAGAAAACUGGAUUCUUGGAAAAACUAAGGUUUUUCUAAAGUAUUACCAUAUAGAGCAGUUAAAUUUGUUCCUGCGAGAAGUUAUAGGGAGGGUGGUGGUCAUGCAGGCUUAUAUCAAGGGAUGGCUUGGAGCAAGAAGAUACAAGAAAGCCAAAGAAAAAAGAGAAAAUAGUGCUGUUACCAUACAGUCAGCUUGGAGAGGAUAUGAAGCUCGCAGGAAGUACAAGGAAAUAAGGAACAGAAGAAAUAAUGCUGCUAUACAUAUUCAAGCAGCUUUCAGGGGAUAUAUUGCUCGCAAAAACUACCCAAGACUGAAGAAGAGCACUGGCUGUGUAGCAGAUUCUCAACAUAUGAGCAGCUGCUCUACUUCUGAUAUUGACUGUGAAGAGCACUGGCAGCAAACAAGUAACCAGUCUUCUCCUGUCGUGCCUGAUUGUCUUGACAAACAAACAAAAAAGAAGGAUUGGGAUGAGAUUGCUGCUUCUUCCUUUACUGUAAAAAAUACGUUCAAAAUGAGUGAUUCACAAUUAAUUAGCCAAUCUCAGUCGAUCACAGACCAUCAGUCAAGUCCCUUGAGACAUCCUAAAAAAGGAGGUUCAGAAAACUGUCUUGAACAGAAGCUGAGAACACCUCGUCGACGAUGUCAGCAGCCCAAAAUGCUGAAUAGCCCUGAGGACAACAUGUACUAUAACCAGUUAAAUGGAACUCUAGAAUAUCAAGGGAGCAAGAGGAAGCCAAGAAAACUUGGCCAAAUCAAAGUGCUUGAUGGAGAGGAUGAGUAUUACAAAUCACUGUCAGCUGUUGAAUCUAUCCCUGAAGAUGACAGCUGUCUCAGUUCCCCAUCUCCUCCUUCUUCAAGAGGAGUGUCUUUUGCUCAAAGCUGAACUUAUUCUGUUGACUAACACUGGUAAGAGUAUUUUCUUGCCGGUAAUCUCUUCUAACUUUGUGCUUGCUUAUGUAAUCCAUUAAAAAAAAUAGACAUUCAGUUAGCAACUUCCUUUCAGUAAUUUAGAUCUGGUUAUGCAGAGACAAAUUGUAUUUCUGUAAGCAAUUCCAGUAAAGGAAGCAGCACUACCUGUACGUGUUGAUGUUAACCAGCACAUUUCCUUAGCAGCAAGGUUAGUUCACGCAGAUCCAGCUCCUUCCUCCCCACUCCCCCAGCUGCUGUUUCCAGCCUGUGCCAUCCCGUCUGUUGUGCUGGCACAACUGCUGUGUGGAAAAUAAGAUCAAGGAACUGAUCUAUAUUAGAAGAACACUGUACUAAAAAGCAUCUUUUGGGGUUACGGUGAAAAUGUUCUAUAUUUCCUUAGUUUAAUAUUAAAACUCUAUCAUUUAUAACUUUGCAUGCUGUGAAUGGUUUUUAAUAUUACAAAAAUGUGCAGAGUAAAUUCAUCUAAAGUAAUGCGUGUCUUAAUGUACUUCAUAAGUAUUUUUUCUUAUGAUGCAUUAGUUUACCGUAGAUAGAAUAAAUAGAAUGAAUAGAAAAACUAUUUCAAAUAUAAGAAGCAAAACAGUUUUAAUGCUAAUAUUAGAUGACUGAAUCUGACUUCAGAUUGCUUCAUAUAGCCCUUUUGACUGAAGCCAUCGUUAUGACUAGGUAUUCUUGUUAUCUGUGCAAGUAUCUCAUAUCUUGCUUAACCUGGGCUUAAUCUCUGUGCUUGAGUGAUUCCUCCACUUCCACAGCUCUCUUGUAUGUAACAUGAAAUAAUGUCACCUGCAAAUUUUUCUACUUGCUUUUCACUUUUUUUCCAAAUUCCUAGUGAAACCAUUGCUAAUUCCUAUGGAACAGAGACACUUUGCUGGUAACAACUUCUGUGGAAAAGCUGAUUACUUUGCUUUCCUUUCAGCUUCUGACCCACAGUUUUGAUCUGUGACAAUUCUUUCUUUUCUGUACAUCUCUUGUAAAAACUUAUGGAAAUAAAAUUUUCUUAUGUGUACUGCCUCAAAAAAUCAUUUUGAGCAGAUUUAAUUUUUGAUAAAUGAUGCUGAGUAAAUCUGACCAUUUGUUAUACAGAUCUAAUGUUGAUGCUUGUUUUCAUUUCCCCUCCAGUGAGUGCCAUGACCUGUGCUAACAAACCUUCCUCCUUGUGGAGGUGCAGUCCAUGCUCAUUUGGAGUGCUACAGAAUUUCUUGCAAUCCAAGUUCAUUGGAUCCAUCUUUUUGACCACAGGAUGAGGAAAAAUGGCAUAGGAAACAAGAGGCAAAUGUGGCCAGAGCAUUCCUAGGCUGGAAUAGGGUUUAAAGGUAGAUAGUUCAGCAGAAGUUUUGUCUCAUCGAAUAAACCCAGUAGUGAAGUCAGGACAGGGCAGAUGAGAACAAGAGGACUCUGUUCCAAGGACAAGCUUUCAUUCACUUUUCUCUCACAGCGUGACAAUAGUUGCAAGAGGCAACAGUCCUUUAGUUCACUCCUUACUCUCUUCUGCUGUACAUCCGGGUGUGGGCUUUAGAGCCUUUAAAACUGAAGGACUCAUUAAAUUGGUGAGUAGCUGCAGAUGUAGAUUAGAAGAUGCACUACAACCAUGAAUGGCAGUUUAUAUGAAUUCAUACAUAAAGGUCAGUUUUCUUUAUUUUUUGUCAGAAUAUAACAAGAAGUAUUUGUUAUGAUCCCUCAUCAAAAAUAACAUCUUUUCCUACAUAAUGCAUACAUUCUCCAGGCCCAUUAAUCUGCAACAUAUCUGGAUGGAAAAUGACUUUUUUUUAAAAACAGUUCCAUAACUAAACUAUGUUCUUAUAUUGGCAUAGGUCUUAGGGAGCUCUAGCAGUGUUGGUGCUUUGUGGUUUCAUCUCUCCUUUCUGAUAACAAAGUUUCACUGGGAAAAUAAUAUUUUAGUGCAGUGCACAUCAUUAUUAUGUAUAGUGAGAGUUUAUCAAUUUUUUCAGUUAAACAGAAGCAAGUCUUCCAGUUAGAUAUUACAUCAUGUGUCUAUUAACCAAAAGCUUGUCUUACACUGAGUAACGCAUUAUGAGGAUGAGUUGUAUUAAUUUCAUAAGGAAGUAAAGAGAGCUAAAAAAGUAAUUUAUAAUUCAGAAAAGCACUUAAGCUGAAACCCAAGUCCUGCUGAAACCAAUGAAAUUUCAGGUUAUGAUUAAGUGCUUUGCUGAAUGGGCCAAGUUCACGGCUUCAGAAUAUUAAAUAACAAGCACAAACAAAAGGUAAACGCUCUCUAGAUGCAUUCCUUAGGUUCUUCUGUUUCUUCUUCCCUAUUAUUGAGUUUGCAUCAAUCUUAGUCAUCAGAAAUGGACUUCAAAAGAUCUUAUGUCAUAUUUUGAGCACUCUUGAAUUGAAUGGAAAGGGUAAAAUAUAACAUUUUCCUUGUCAUAUGAAAUGCCACUAUCUACAUCUGAUAUAACUUUUCACAUUGGUUUAAUGUCACUAAUAUUUUUAUUUGAAGUUACUAUCUGAGAACCACUGCGGAGCUAUGUGUUCUGAGUCAGAACUGUGCAUAAAGCUGGUCUGUGCUUGGCUUUGUUUCAUAACUUACCCCUUUCUUCAUAUGCUGUUUGGCUGACUCACUUCAUACUCACCACGUAACGCUCUUGAGGUGGGUUUUCUUCAUCUUUACUUUAGUGCACAUGUAUCCCUUUAGAUUAUUAAGGGCCAUCUCCUCAACAUUGUGCUGCUGGUGACCAGUUGGCAGAACAGAUUUUCACAGUUAAAUGUGCAAAAAAAAAAAAAAAAGAAUUUUAAAAAAGAUAGUUCUGAAAAUAUAUGAGAUGGGAUACAAACACAGAUGCAUAAUGUGCCCCAAGAAAUAGGGAGAAGCAGUGCAGGAGACAUGUCAGUCUGAUGGUCGUGGUCAGUGAGCACAUCAGCACAAACUGCUCAGAUUUUCUCAAUUGGUUUAUUAUUUAUUAUUGCAUUCUGAUUUAUUUUCUUUCACGUAUAUUGUCCUGAAAUAUUAAUGUGUUUUGCUUAAUAGUUCAUAACAUCCUGUUCUUAAUAUUUUAUAAAAGACUUUGAAUCCUGUUAUGGAAAAGAAAAUUUCAUAGACCGUGUCUGUAAUACAUUUAACACAUUUCAGUGAAUGGGAGAGUAAAGAGUGACGACCAACAAGAGAUUUUAGUAGACCCUUCCGCAGACCCUAAUGGCACUAGCAGCCAGUUCUGCCUUCCAGCUCUGGCAGCAUGAAAACUCUCUGUGCCAACACACAUUGGGCAGGGAGCUUUUGGAGAUUAGUCCCUUUCAUUUGGUAAUUUUAAACUUGCUUCUCACUUAAACAUUUACAUCACUUCAGUAACAUAAAGGGACCUUAGAAUAGGAGUAAAUUGCAGCCCUCUUAAAUUUGCCCCCACUGUGACCUCCCUCACCCAUAUGCCAUAAGAGUGGUGGAAAGGGCUUUUGUGUACUGAGGAUCUUUUAAGUAAUCCCCAUCGCACCAUCUGAGGAGCUGUUACUUAGAAGCUUAUAAAAUAUACAUCUAUAUAAUGUAAAACUAGAAACUUUGCUGAGACCAGUCAGACCAAAAGCUGAUGUUCCUUUUGGUGGCAAUGACCACAUUUUUUAAGCAGUAGAUACUUUUCCCCCAGUACUGAACAGCUACUGAUUGUCUUGUGUUAUUUACUGUAGUUGCAUAAUGCUUUUAGAAAUGUAUUCUCACGUAAUAUUUUGUUCUAUAUUAUAUAACUGUGUUUGUACUUCCAAGUAAUUAUCCCAUCAUCUUUUAAUUCCACCGAGUUCCUAACUUCUGGUAUGUUGUGGUUAUGAGAACUGUGCAUGGCACAUGCAAACAAAGUGGAUUUUUUUGUUUGAGGUUUAAAGAGAAUGAAUUUAUUUAAACGUGGUCCUUUCUAAUGGAAUAGGGCACCUUCUAACAGCAUUGUCAGUGAGUAAGAAGGAGCUACCAGUUAUUUUCUUCACACUACUUUUUACACACCUCUGAUGCACUUCUCAUUCCGUGUAAAUGGCUACAGACCAUAAGGAUUUGUAAGAAGUCUCUUCGUGUUGCUAUUUUCCAUACUUAAGUCUCUUCAACUUUUGCUGUAUCUUAUUUAACAGUAGUCUUUACUCAAUGAUUUCUAACCUUUGUUGGUAUAACCAACAUCCAUUACAGUGAUAGAAAAUGUUUUUAUUUACUUACAUAUUCUAUUCUGUUUAAAAACAGACACAGCUUUAAAUGUAGACAAUAUUAAAAAUUAAAAGUAGAAGAAAUGUAGUGUCUAUAGAUCUAGCAGUGUUAUUCAAUAUUGAACUCAGUAAACUGUAGGAAAUCAAGGUGUUUCAUAUACCUGAUAAUGUGGCUGUCUCUGAUGGAGCAAUAUAUGCAAUACAUGCCCAGUUCCCACAGCAUUAAUGUUCAGUGCUCUCAUUUCAGUAUCUAUUGAUCUUUACUUGGUUUCACAUGUAUGAGAACAGAUGAUCAACUCUCGCAUUUUAGAGCUCAAGUCCAUAACAUUCUCUAUAAUUCAUAAGUAGAAAUUCACAAGUUUCUUUUUCAGCAAAAAUGAAGAAGAAGUACACAGUUACGCAAAAAGAUAUUUGACAUUAUGGACAGGGAGUAAGAAGGUAAUUUUGUAGUGGAAGCAAAGGACUGGAAGUCAAAGUAUCUGAGUGGUACAAGUUGCUAUUUUAUAUCAGAUUUGUAUUUAUGUAAAAUCAGAUUUAAGCCCCAAGCUUAAAUGUUGCCUUUUUUGUUUGUUUGCUUGUGUUUAAGGUUAUAUUUGAAUACUUAGAUCCUUUCUCUUAAAAGAAUUGAAC